AUGGGGAAUAAAAGCUGGCCCCGCCAGCGAAGCCCACAUCCUGUGAAUGAAUAUAACAAAAAACAUGCAGCUGGUGAGCUGCGCUUAGCUCAGGACUUAGAGGUUUGUUUGCCAACCUUGCUUCAGGUGGUCAUCAGGCCAGGCUUCACAGGCGGCACAUCACUUUUCGGGAAGCUCACGGGCAGAUCGGCUUUCACUCUUGGGCAGACAAAAGCACCAGGUUCUAAUUUCAGUUUUAAUCAACAGAGCUUGCUACAACAGGGAAAGAAGCCUCUAUCAUCAGUUGUUCCCCCAUCAGGCCAAUUGCUACAGAUAGAUAUUGACAUGGAUUUCAGAGAGUGGGGCUUCACUGUGAACAUUGACUCAACGGGUGUUCCGAUGGUGACAUCAUCUGCGAUACCAACACUCACAACAGGGGAUCUGUUAAUUGAGAUCAAUGGAAUAAGUAUGCUGGAUUGCUCUAUCGAAGAGCUGGAGCAGGCAUUUGGUGAAGUGAGCACUGCCCAAAUUCUGGUCUUGCGGAGUAGGGGAAAAGAGUGCACCCAGUCAAUGGAAGAGGCCUGUUCUUUGGAAAAUGCUCUUACAGAGCUGACAAACCUGCAAUCAGAGUUCAUAGCUGCCACUGUGGAGCUGUCAGCCCUCAGGAAUGAGAAGGGUGUGAUGUGGGCUGAGAUCGAAAAACUUCGAGCAAGAGAAUCCCUCCUCCUGCAGGAGAAUAAACGGGUUCUUCAAUCAGCUGACUCUCUCAAACAGCUGCUGGAGAGAUCAGAAUACCGAUGGAUGUUCUUGAAAGAACAGCUGGAGACAAUGAAAGGAGCAUUUCAACUGGAGAAAAGAAAGCUUGAUACAGUAGAGGCAAAGCUGAAAGAAGAAAUAGAUACCCUGAAAUCAAAAUCCUGCCAGGAUGACAAGAAAAUCAAAGAUCUAGCAACAGCACUUAAGGAAAAGAAUGCUAAAUCGGAGCAGAUGAAAAUUACACAGAGGCAUAAAUACCAGGUGGACAUAACUGAGAGAAACUGGCUGCCAGAACAGCUGGAGGAGUUACAGAUGUUUGGGAAGCAGUGCCAGCAUCUUCAGCAUUCUCACAAUCAGGCACAGCAUCCAGACCAGGAGUGGACAUACCCACAAGGACAGUUCAACACCAUGAAGAUCCAGUUUACAGCACAAAUGAUGAUUGGCCCUGCCCACAAGCUGAAUGGUUCAGGAUUCAGGCACAUCAUCCAGAUCAAAAGCUUCAUUGUCUGCAGGGCCAAUGGCUGA